AUGUCCUCCCAGCGUACGAACGAGAACGAAGAAUUCAGCAUCCGUGGCGCGGCCAGCCGGGCGGGCUCCCACCGCCGUGAGGAGCGCUACGAGCGCUCGCGCUCGCCCACUCGCCGCCGGAACGACUACUACGAUGUAGACGCUCCUCGCGGUGGCAGGGAGUACCCCCGGCGGCGUGAUGACGACCGCCACUACCGUCCAUCGCGGGACUGGGGCCCCGGCGACACCUCCCGCGCCCGUAGUUCGGACGACCGCGCCUCGCUCUAUUCGAGCGGGGCCGGGUACUCCGACCCCACGAUCUACAACGAUCCGGAGGAGCCACCAGCCCCCAACGGCGACGGGGACGUGGCGACAGAAGACAGCCCGUGGAAAGUCCUCCUGGUCCGAGGACUCAAGCCGGCCGUGGACGAGAGCCUCCUGGCCAAAGGCCUGGAGAAACUUUACCUGGACGAGAACGAGCCAGCGCCACCACCACCCGCCAUGCCAAUGCCGCCAGGAAUGCCGCCUCGCCAGCCAACGCCACGUGGAGCCCCGCCAAACACGCUCAGGCGUGUUUUCGUGAUUCGUGACCGCAUCAGUGGCAGGAGUCUUGGGUUCGGUUUUGCUGAAUAUCAUUCACCUGCAGAUGCAAAGGCGGCCUUGGCCAGAGCCAAGAGUUUGGGCAACAGCUGCACCAUUUCGUCGAAGCAGAUCGAGUUAUGCCACCCGCACCUUGGCAUCUUUCGCCCCCUCGGCCUUUCUCGCGACGACCAGCAGUUCGCCUUCGACUGGAACGGCACAAACUUUGCGUACCACGACACUCGCUACUACGCAUCCCCUCAAAUGGUCAACGCAGACCCACCUGCUCCACCGCAGAGCCAACAACCACCCGCCAAAGAGGCGACGGCCAAGACCAAGAAGCGCACCAAGACCGAAGCGAUGGGCACCCUCGACAAUCCUUCAGAACCGACCAAGAAAGUGAAGACCGAAAUUGCGAUGGUCAAUCAAUUGAACAGAGCUCAAGCCCAAGCUCGAGGUGAGGACGGGGAGGCCGAGACGAACGAUGCGAAUCCGAAUCCCGAUCCCCUUUCAGGCGCUAAUCACGAGAAUUAUACAACAGGAACAGGAAAAGAGCAAAGCUUUGCAUUUAAUGGACCCGAUAAGAGGAACGAAGGCAAGCGGCUUGUCUGCUGCUUUCUCUGCAACGCUCAAUUCGGAACGGAUUCCGCCAAGCUCGUUGCCCAUGUGCAGUACAGCGCGAAGCAUGCAGAGAACUACAAGGAUGAUAAGAUUUUCAAGCAGGGACUUGACAGAAUGAAGUCGCGCAAAGUCGAUCAACAUCAGACGCUCAACGUGGAAAUGAAGACUAGCAGUGAGAACGGAGGCACGCAAGUUGGGCAGGCCAUACAAGCACCCGCGCCCAAGGAGGACUACCGCGACCGAGCAAAGGAGCGCCGCCAGGAAGAAGCAAAGGCCAGAAAGGAAGGCGCGUCAUCCGAGAAGCCGACGUUCCAGAAAGUGUCCCUCAAAGACGCCGCUCGAAGAGGAAAGGGAGGUGAUCAACAAACGCCCAACGAUGCGGCACCAGCACACUCCACGAUGGUUGCCCGGAACUUGCUCAAGAAGGCGGGUUGGCAGGAAGGACAGGCACUGGGAUCGGGAGACGGCAUCACCGCACCGAUCGAGCAAACAGCCUAUGCUGCGGGUGUAGGGCUGGGUCACGCGAGCAGCAAGCAAGGCGAUGCAAUUGAGGAAGCUGGACGUCAGACGAGAAAUGACCGAGGGGGCUAUGCGGAUAAGACGAAGGACGCAUUCAAGAAGAUGUUUGACGACAUGCAAGGCAAUGGCACUUGA